CGCGUGCGUUACGACGCCGAGCGCCGUUCGUUGGGGGAGCUGGUUCGAGGGUCCUUGCGCGGUCCCUUUUCUCCCGCGCCCCGAAACCUUCCCUUCUUACUAGAUAUUCUCGCGAGGAGGGAACGUAGCCCGAGGAGAAACAUACUAACGGAGGUGUGCUGGGGAGUUUGGCCUGGCCUCUGACUGCGUAACGGGCCGCCGUUCCACUGAACUAACGGGGCUGGGCGGGGGUGUACCUUCGUUAUCCACGGCCCAACUGUAUUUCUCUAGUUGUUUUGGAAAUGACACCAAAUCUAGAUAAGACAUCCUGACAUGAAGAUAUGAUGUUUCAUUAUUUCUUUGCAUGUUGCGGGGCGGUGGUGGUCUUGUAAGCGAAAUUGUGUAACUUAGUUGUGGCUAAAUGCAGUCUCAAUAUUUUAAAUAUUUACAAACUCAAGCUUAAAGUAGUUCUUAAGAAGCGCACUUCACCAUGAUUAGUUUCGUUUCAAACUUUUAAAUUCUGUUUGAGAUGUUGCUUAAACUUAAAAUAUAAAUUAACAAUUUCAUGACUGAACUCUUCAGUCAAUUUGUUAAUUAUUUUUAUAUGCAUGUUUUUAUCUUUCUUGCGUUCUAGGAACUAUACUCUUAUCCUGUUACACAUGUCUAAAAUAUGUCAUGCCUACCUUAUUUUAAUGAAAAUGUAUAUGCUCGACCUUUAUUGUGUGCAAGGCCUUGGUUUCAGGGACACUAUUUGUUUCAUGAAGGAUUUGCUUAUUCAGUGGUACCUUUAUACAUUUGCCCAAGAACACCUUUGUGUACACCUGAAACUUAUUGUCCUGUGACUAUAGAUCCAUCACACCCCUUUGUGGUAGCACCUUUCUCACCUGUCGCUUCUAAUUACUGGCAAAGGGAGUAUUAUUGUAGAUAUGGUACUGCUGCAAUAAAUGCAUCUGGGAGAAACGUUCUCACAAAACCCAGUACUAAUAGCCCUUCAGGUGAGAACGCAAUCAUUAAAUCCAGUCAGCCAUCAAGUAGUUCUGAGAAAAGUAGAUUUGAUGAAGUUAUGCUUAAGCUAAUAGCUUCUAGUGACUGUCAUAAUGCUAGCACCAUGCAACAAACACAAAGUGGAGUAGAGAAAGUUGCUUGUAAAUCAGAAAUAUUGAAUGCAUUCCAAGAGUCAGAACAUACUGAACAAAUUAAAAUUACUAAUAUCUCUAGUGAACUUCAAGUAGGAACCAGUUGCUCCAUUUCAAGCCAGUCAUGCUAUCUGAGUGCCUCAGAAUUAACAUUACCAAAAGAGAACUUAUCUUACUUAAGUUCAUCGUUUGAUGAUGAUCUUGAUGUUGCUUGUAAAGAGAGACAGAGAAUUUCCAUUGCAGUACAUAAUGCAAAUGAAGCAGAUAUUGAUAACUUGGGAAAAGGCUGUAUCAGUAUAUACUCCAGGGACAAUCAGAAUGAUGAGUACAGAUUUAGUGACUUAGAUGAUGAUUCGCAAUUAGAAUAUCACAGUGCUGAAGAACAAGAUUACGUAGAUCAAAGCUCCUCAUCCAGGCAAGAAACAGAAAGCUCAGAAUCUCUUCAGAGCAAAGAACUAGGAAAUGAAGAUGAGUCUAUAGAUGACCAGCAGUCUGUUAACAAAUUGGAGGAUAAGUCCUCUACUUCAGUUUGUUCUGUUGAUGACUGUUACGAUUAUAGUGAAAUAUCAAAGUUCCCUCAAAUGUAUGAAAAUGGCCAAUGUUCAGAAGAUACACAUUUGAAUUUUGAGGACGGUGAAAGAGAGCAGACUAUCAGUAUUUUUUAUAGUUUCCUUAAUGAAGAUUCAGGUAGUGCUAAAGCCGCUGGAAGUAAAGGAAGGAAUAAUUCAAAAUCUCUUUCUGUGAGCAAUAUCACCAUUGAUGAAAAGAUGGAAGCCACUGACACAGCACUGGUGUCUGAAAUGGCUAGUGAUGGAGAAUUAUGUAAAAAAACUGAUCACACCAGUACAAGUGUCUUACAGAAAAGUGGAAACUCACACAUACUGCAGCAGGGGAGAACAUUUUUACCACAUGCACACAUUUAUAGUGGAGACUCGGCACAUUCAGAUUCCUGUGUUUAUCAAGAAUCAAUUGUGUCUGCAAUUAGAACUGACAAGGAGAAUUGCAGCCACAGAUCACAUGGUCAUAGUGGAAGAUGCCAAGAGAAUCUUCCCAACUCAGAGUUAAAGUGCAUAACAUAUUUGAAUGAUGGCCCAAGCAAAGUUAACCAAGCUGUUGAUGCAAGUUCUGAUUUUAGAGCUUGCUUUACAACAAGUCGAGCAACUAAUAUCAAGGCUUCAGUGGUUUCCCGGGCACAAAACACAGUGAUAACAAUGAUGAACAAAGGUAGGCCAAAGGAAUGGCUGGAUGUUUCCCACAGAAGUGUUGCUUGCAAUACCGAUUGGUCAUGCAUCUGCGGUGAUAUGGAGAUGACUUCUUCGCAAAUAGCAAUGGCUGAUAUAUUAGAAAACUGUAUCACUUGUGAAACUGCAAAACAUGGAUGGAAAUCAAACAUGGAGGUUACUCGUCACGUGAGUGUUGAUGAAAACAGUGCCCCGCAGCUUUUCAGCAAUGAGAGGGAUCAACUUGUAGAAAACGGUUCUUUGAAUACUCAAGAAAUCAGUGAAGAUUGGUUUGAUGCUAAAGAGAACCUGACAGUGACUGAUUCUUCAGUGUCAGUUACAGGGAAUGAAAUAGAAAAACAUCAGUUAAAGCUAACUGGUACGACAGAAAUGCAGACAAAGGAAGAGUCAAAGAACUUCUAUUAUGUUCAUGUUGGUGGCUUAAGUCCUUCAGUAUCAGAAGUGGACUUAUGGUUACGUUUUCAGAAGUAUAACAUUUCUGAAACUUCCAUUGGGUUUUCUAACAAUUACAGGUUUGCAACCCUUGGUUUUAAAGCAGCCACUGAUGCAGUGUUGGCAGUGAAAGAAAUGAAUGGGAGAGAAAUAAAGGGAAAAGCAGUGAAAGUUCAGCUUGUGGAGACUGUAAGAGAAAGUGGAGUCCCAGAUUAUUGGAGAUCGGUAAAACAAGAUCAUAAGACCCAAAGACCAUGUUACAGUUCUGAAAAGCCUACUGAAUAUAAGAAGAAUCAUAAUGUGACUUUGAAAGCACCUGUUUCUGUCUCAACUACUUCUGCAUUGGGUGCUGGUGCUCCGGUUUCUACUUUGAAAGGACCAGAUGUAACCAAAGGUUCUAUAAAGUCAUCUCUAUCUCCUUUGGCUUCUGCAAGUGUUCCUCAGCCUGCCUCUGCCUCAUUAAGACAGCCCCACUGUUCUUUGGCCCCUUCAAAAGUAUCCAACCCUGGCCUUGAAUCUUCUAAAACUUCAUCCAAAAAUGCACUCCUUCAGAUUGACCAAGAGGAGAUUGCAGAGGGUCUCUUGCCAUUGGACUCAAUACAAUUUACUCCAAAUCCAUCCACUAUCUAUAUACCUCCAAACUCAUUAAACUUGAGAAGUUUCCGCAAAGUGGUAAAGAAGUUGGAAGAGCUACAUCCAGAAACUAGUAGAAACAGUAUUUUGGAUGCUUUGGUGGAAAUGAAAGAAACAAAAGGUUUACUGAGUGGCUUAUCCCUUAGCACUAUUGUACAAAUUACAUCAUCGCUUCUGAAGAAGAAAUAUACACCUAAACCAGACAAAAAUCCGUGAUUUAUCUGAAAAAUAGAUAAUUGUGUGAGCGGACUGGCAUGUGCAACUGAAAAGAGAAGCCAUCUUUGGAAGCUCUGAAAGAGCAGAUCGUCAAUUGCAGAAGUGCUGAAAACCAUUGAUCUUCAAGAGCAUGUGAAUGUGUAAAGAAACAAAAUAUUAGUUUAGGGAAGACUGAUAUGGUUGAAAGACCAGUUUUCAAAUAAUUACGUUUGUGUUUUUGUGUUCAGAGCAUGCAGGCUUGCAGACAAGUCAAUCUACUCCUGAACCCUUCAAGAAUCCUUGCGUUAAGUAACUGCAAAGCACAAGGUUUUUAUCAGUUAUUUUGUUACCCACAUUUUGUAUUUGUCAGUUAUUUUAAUGUGCAACACUAGAAAAUAUGGUUGAAGUUUAAUUUCAAUUUUAAUAAAACAGUUGUUAGAUGUACUGUGA